CAUUUCACAGCCAACUAAGCCAAGUAGAAAACUUAACUUGUCUUUUGCAACUCCAGCAUUGUGGGUGAGAGACAGUGCCAGAAAUUUGCAACUCUUUAUCCAGAAACAUCAAAAACAGAUGGCUGGUAUUUCUGGUCAUUGGGCUUUUGUUUUUGGUGUCCUUGGUAACAUUGUCUCGUUCAUUGUGUUCCUUUCUCCAAUACCCACGUUUUAUAAGAUUUACAAGAAGAAAUCAACUGAAGGGUAUCAGUCAAUUCCAUAUGUGGUUGCUCUCUUUAGCUCCAUGCUUUGGAUAUACUAUGCAUUUUUGAAGACCAACACGACCCUUCUCAUCACCAUAAACUCAUUUGGUGUCUUCAUUGAGACUAUCUAUGUUGGUGUUUACCUUUUCUACGCACCAAAGAAGUCACGGGUCCAAACUGUAAAGAUGCUCCUGUUAUCAGUGGUGGGCGGAUUUGGUGCAAUAAUCUUGGUUACUCAAUUUCUAUUUAAAGGAGCCGUUCGUGGACAAGUGGUUGGAUGGAUUUGUCUUGUGUUCUCCUUAUGUGUGUUUGUAGCUCCCUUAGGCAUCGUGAGAAAAGUCAUCAAAACAAAAAGUGUGGAAUACAUGCCAUUACUUUUAUCGGUUUUUCUGACAUUAAGUGCCGUCAUGUGGUUCUUCUAUGGUCUUUUACUAAAUGACAUUAACAUAGCGGCUCCAAACGUGUUGGGAUUCAUCUUUGGUAUACUCCAAAUGGUACUGUAUGCAAUAUACAGCAAAAAAGAGAAGGCCAUCUUAAAAGAGCAGAAACUUCCAGAAAUGCAAAAGCCUGCAGUCAUUGUGAUAGAUGAGAACAAUAAUAAGAAACUUCCAGAACUCACACAGGAACAAAUUAUUGAUAUUGUGAAGCAUGGUUUACUGGUUUGCUCAGAUAAAGUGAACUUAGCGAAGUGUCCGCAUGAUACUAAGUGUGUAGUUAAAGCUGCUAAUGUAGAAAACACACCCAAGCUGCAAACUGUGGAAGUUUAAGAUAUAGCAGUAGUAGUAGUAGAAUUUCACUUGUGGAUUUGGCAUUGAUCUCAGUGCAGCAUUGCACAGAUUAAUUGCCAUUCCUUUCCUUUGAGUUAAUUUCCUAAUCCUAUUGUGCUUGUACACUUGUUAAUUCUUACUUGUAAGCUUUCUCUUGUAAUGUACUCAGAAAGAUAAAAUGCUCGUCUUGAUA